AUGGCGGCGCUCCGACCGCCUCUCUUUACCCCUGCGCGAGUGGCAAACCUCGUGCUUCUUUCAACGAAAAAUGAUACGACUCGCGCAUCGGAACCCUCGACAUCACGUAUUAAACAAAAUUUGCACGCCGAUCCAUUGCGGAGUCCACACAUACCUUUGCGUGAGACCUUUGCAGAAACAAAAAUGCUUGUUUGA